CGUACAUCCGCCAACGCUAGACACAUGUCCAGAAGCUUGAUAUCUGUGCCAACUGAGAUGCUGUUUCGAGAAUUUCUGAUACUCUCAGCUUGCUUGGUCUUGGCAGCCACCAAACGCAUACCAUUCCAUAAUGAUCCUGAGGAAUCAACAGAGGAACCUGAUGUGAAAACAACACCGAAACCUGAUGUUAAGCCAACACCAAAUCCCGACGUUAAACCACCGGAACCCACCAUUCCCCCAUCCAUCAUCGACAAUCUAUUGGAGAACAUUCUCUACAUACCCAUUACAGAUAUCAGGGGUCAAGUCAUUGGAUACUACACAUACAUUCCGAAUUUUCACCAAAUUGUUGCCUUCCCAUACGGCUUCAAUGGGCAUAUCCUACUGACGCUUCGUCAGAGGGGCCUGAUUCCAAUUUAUGACAUUUAUGGAAGAUUUUGGGGAUUCUUUGCUACAUCGUUAGGAGGCAGCCAACAGCCAGAUGUAAAAACACUCGCAACAAAUCUUUUUAUACACGGGCUGUAUCCAGUUCAAAAUGGGAAAGGACAAAUAAUUGCUAUAUAUAAAAUUCAUCGUAACUAUCCAGCUAGCUACCACAUUACUUUUCAACCUAACCAGGAAAAAGUUGUGUAAUAGGAGAAUUGAAAGUAUAUAACAGUACCAGCAGUAUUAUUGUACCAAAAAGCUCAACUGUAACACACAAUCUGGAUUUUAACCUUCAACAUUUAAAUUUAAACUGACUCUUCAACAAAAUAAAAAUUUUAAAUUUUCUUUUGAAUUAUUAUUAUUUACUCUUAAAUAUAUU